GGGGUUCUCUUGUUCACCCUCGCGGUCGCCGGCUUCAAGUGGGUGGUUGCGAGAUCGCAUGGAUUUGGAGGCAGUGCGGAGUUCUUUGGAGGCGUCCGGCGGCGACACCGACGCCCUCCCGCCGAGAUUCUUCGAUGAAUUCGUCCUCCAUGGCCUCCGCAUCGACCUCAUCGAGCCCGGCCGCGUCCUCUGCUCCAUGCCCGUCCCUCCCCGCCUCACCAGCGGCGGAAGCUUCCUACACGGCGGCGUGACGGCGUCGCUGGUGGAUUUGAUCGGAUCCGCGGUGUUUUAUAGCAUCGGACUCCCGACUUGUGGCGUCUCUCUUGAGAUUACUGUCUCCUACAUGGAUGCCGCUUUUAUUAAAGAAGAAAUUGAGAUCGAGGCCAAGCUCUUGCAUGCAGGAAAGGCAGUUGGGGUCUCCUCUGUAGAGUUCAGGAAAAAGGGGACCGGAAAGAUAAUAGCUCAGGCACGUCAUACAAAGUAUCUUGCUGUAUCUAGCAAAUUGUGAGAACCUUUUCUUGCAGUUUGUCCAUGGAUCGAUCGCAAAUGCAUUCUUCAAGGUCUUGAAACUUGAAGGCAUUUUCUGUAAAUUUUAAAGUUGCUGUAUAACCCAUAUAUGUUGCUAAUUGCUUGGAUUGAAUCCAGGAGCCUUACCUCAUCUGCCGAAAGCUUGAACUGUUUCUUCAACAUUAGUGCUUGAAGCUAUAAACUUUUUGUUAUCCAAAUAUGCUUGUUUUUCGGAACUAAAGUAUCAGUAUUAUAGAACUAAU